UGCUCUUUUUCCCUCCACUUUCUCUCACUUUCUCGUCCUUCCCCAGCCAUUCUUUCAUUUCCUCAUUAUUAUCCAUUUAACUCUAGAGGACACCCACAACCCUACUAAAAAUUUCAGGAAAAAAAGUUGGUAGGUAUAUUUAGAGUCCACUUGCAGAGGGUAAGCAUCAAUGGAAGGAAAGGGGAGCAUUUCUGUUUGUUUGACGAAAUGAAAGGCUGCACUUCUCUUUCGGGACAGAAGCCCAUAUUGGUAGUUCCAUUGCAAUGGAUGCCACAACGAUGAAUCCAGAAGGCCGGGCAUUUUCUAUCAAACUAUGGCCCCCUAGCCAGACCACUCGACUACUGCUUGUGGAACGAAUGGCAAACAAUCUUUCCACUCCAUCCAUUUUCACUCGAAAGUAUGGUAGUCUCAGCAAAGAGGAAGCAAGGGAGAAUGCCAAACAGAUCGAAGAAGUAGCUUUUUCCACUGCAAACCAACAUUAUGAAAAGGAGCCAGAUGGUGAUGGAGGUUCUGCAGUGCAGCUUUAUGCCAAAGAAUGCAGUAAGCUAAUCCUCGAAGUUCUUAAAAGAGGCCCUAUAACCAAGGUGGAUGGAGAGGAGCCAACAUCUAAGACAUUUAAUGAAGCCUGUGAAACUGUUUUUGAUAUAUCUAAAGGCCAAAGAGCAUUUGUUGAGGCAGAGGAAGCUGAGGAGCUUUUGAGGCCAUUAAAAGAGCCAGGAAAUUCUUAUACUAAGAUAUGUUUCAGCAAUCGAAGCUUUGGUUUAGGUGCAGCCCGUGUUGCAGAGCCUAUCUUGGCUUCUCUCAAGGAUCAGUUAAAGGAAGUGGACCUGUCAGAUUUUAUUGCUGGGAGAUCGGAAGGGGAAGCUCUUGAAGUCAUGGCUAUAUUUUCUGAGGCUCUUGAAGGUUGUGUUUUGAAGUCUCUGGACCUCUCAAACAAUGCCUUGGGUGAGAAGGGUGUUAGGGCGUUUGGGGCGCUCCUGAAAUCACAAAGUAGCUUGGAGGAGCUCUAUUUAAUGAAUGAUGGGAUCUCAGAGGAAGCUGCUCGAGCAGUUUGUGAGUUAAUCCCUUCUACUGAGAAGCUUAGGGUCCUUCAAUUUCAUAAUAAUAUGACAGGAGAUGAAGGGGCACUUGCUAUUUCUGAGGUAGUGAAGCAGUCUCCCAUGUUAGAGGAUUUUCGAUGUUCCUCUACAAGGAUAGGCUCCGACGGAGGAGUUGCCUUAUCUGAAGCUCUUCAGACCUUUACCAAUCUGAAGAAGCUCGAUCUGCGGGACAACAUGUUUGGUGUAGAAGCUGGAGUUGCCCUUAGUAAAGCUCUUGCCAAGCAUGCUGAUCUUACCGAGGCUUACCUGAGCUACCUGAACUUGGAAGAUGAGGGUGCAGUUGCUAUAGCCAAUGUUCUCAAGGAAUCUGCUUCUGCACUGGAAGUCUUGGAGAUGGCUGGAAAUGAUAUAACAGCUGAAGCUGCUCCUGCUUUAGCUGCUUGUAUAGCAGCAAAGCAGCUUAUCACAAAGCUGAACUUGGCCGAGAAUGAACUGAGGGAUGAAGGUGCUAUCCAAAUUAGCAAGGCAUUGGAAGAUGGCCAUGCUCAAUUGAAGGAAGUCGACUUGAGCUCCAAUUUCAUGAGAAGGGCUGGGGCUAGGUGCUUGGCUCGCGCUGUGGUGCAUAAGCCUGGGUUAAAAUUGCUUAACAUUAAUGGAAAUUUCAUCUCUGAUGAGGGCAUUGAUGAGGUGAAGAGUAUAUUUAAUGAAUUUCCUAAUGUUCUUGGAUCCUUGGAUGAGAAUGACCCUGAAGGAGAAGAUGAUAACGAAUCUGGAGAGGGUGAAGAUGAAGGGGAUGAAUUAGAAUCGAAAUUGAAGAAUCUUGAAAUCCAUCAGGAAGACUAGUAAGGUCAUAUCAGAUAAUCAAUCUUAGGUUCUGACUACAAUUCAACCCUUGGAACACAAUCCUGAACCAUUUUAUGUUUUACCACGUCAUUUCUAUGAACCUUAUUAUGCAUGAGCACAACGAGGGCAGUAACUGAACCAGUAGCAUGACAUAUCUUCUGUUAGCAAUUUGAUAGCAUGCAUUGGCAAUUAAUUUAGAUCGAUAGUUUCUUCUAGUCCCAGCUUUGCUGGAAUUUGUGUGGAAGCUCCAUCAUUUAGUCAUUGAAUCCAAGAUUAUAUCUGAAAAUAAAUUCUUCUUGAUGUUUCUAAAAA